ACAGUACCUCACCCUGACUCUGAUUACCCUGACUUAUCCCAAGUUCCUGACUUUUACCAUGACCUGAAGGAAGUUUUCAACAAAGCUAAAGCUAAAUCCCUACCUCCACACAGACUUUAUGACUGUGCCAUUGAUCUCUUACCUGGAACGUUUCCUCCCAAGGGGAGACUUUAUCUCUCUGCUCCCGAAAGACAGGCAAUGGAGCAGUAUGUGGAGGAGUCUCUGGCGGCAGGGAUAAUUCGGCCGUCCUCUUCACCUGCAGGAGCUGGUUUCUUCUUUGUGGACAAGAAGGACAAAUCGCUUCGGCCAUGCAUUGACUACAGGGGCCUUAACAACAUCACCGUGAAAAACAGGUACCCCCUCCCUUUGAUCUCAUCUGCUUUUGAACAAUUAAGUGAAGCUAAAAUAUUCACUAAGCUGGAUCUGCGAAAUGCUUAUCACCUAGUCAGAAUAAGGGAGGGGGAUGAAUGGAAGACAGCAUUUAACACUCCCACGGGUCACUACGAAUAUUUAGUUAUGCCCUUUGGCCUUACUAACGCUCCUGCAGUUUUUCAAGCCCUGGUCAAUGACGUUCUGCGGGAUAUGUUAAAUGACUUUGUAUUCGUUUACUUGGAUGAUAUCCUAAUUUUUUCCUCGGAUGAGCAAACCCACAUCAGCCAUGUCAGAAAGGUCCUGGAGCGCCUCUUUCAGAACCAGCUUUUCGUCAAAGCCGAGAAAUGUGAGUUUCACAGACCUUCCGUUACCUUCUUAGGAUACAUCAUUGCAGAAGGUCAGAUCCAGAUGGACCCUGAAAAGGUUAGUGCUGUCAAAGAUUGGCCAGUACCUUCUUCCCGCAAAGAACUUCAAAGAUUUCUGGGGUUUGCCAACUUUUAUAGAAAAUUCAUUCGGAACUUUAGCAUUAUUGCCUCACCCCUGCAUGAGCUUACCUCCUCUAAGAGGCAAUUUUUGUGGAACUCUGCUGCUGAUGCAGCUUUUGUCAGACUUAAGAACUGUUUUUCUUCUGCUCCUGUCCUCAUUCUGCCUGACACUAACAAUCAGUUUGUUGUUGAGGUAGACGCAUCUGAUGUAGGCAUUGGAGCUGUAUUGUCUCAACGUUCUUCCAAGGAUGAUCGUCUCCACCCCUGUGCCUUCCUGUCACGCAAGCUUUCUGCAGCUGAACGCAACUACGAUGUAGGCAACCGGGAGCUGCUGGCAGUCAAAGUGGCACUGGAGGAGUGGAGGCAUUGGCUGGAGGGAACUUCUCAACCCUUCUUGGUGUGGACUGACCACAAAAAUUUAGAAUAUCUUCAAACAGCCAAGAGACUGAAUGCCAGGCAAGCCAGGUGGGCAUUAUUCUUUAAUCGUUUUAAUUUUACCCUAUCCUAUCGACCUGGUAAUAAGAAUGUUAAGCCUGAUGCUCUCUCUAGAAUCCAUUCUAAUGAGGAGCAAAAAGCAGAACCUGAACUGAUCCUCCCACGUUCCUGUGUUGUUGCUAAUGUUACUUGGGAGAUAGAGAGAAAAGUCCAGGAGGCCAUCCAUAAUGUUAACCCCCCUGUGAACUGUCCACCUGGUAGCCUGUUUGUUGUUCCUGAGCUCCGCUCCCAGGUUAUCAAUGGGCACACUCCUCUCGGUUUUCCUGCCACCCGGGUGUUAGCCGAACUCUGGGGGUCCUUAAAGAACGUUUCUGGUGGCCCUCUAUGGACAAGGAGGUUUCGGAAUUCAUCUCAGCCUGCCCCACCUGUGCCUCCAGUAAGGUCUCCCAUCAGCAUCCGGCAGGUCUGCUCCAUCCUCUUCCGGUACCCAAGAGGCCCUGGUCCGACAUAUCCCUGGACUUUGUCACGGGACUCCCCACCUCAGAAGAGAUGUGGUGUCGGACCGGGGCCCCAGUUCACCUCCAGGUUCUGGAAGGAAUUCUGUUCGCUGAUUGGAGCCACUGUGAGCCUCUCCUCUGGAUUUCACCCUCAAUCGAAUGGACAAACUGAGCGGAUGAAUCAAGAAAUGGAGACGGGCCUGCGCAUUCUGGCUUCCCAGAACCCUUCCUCAUGGUCCAACCAGCUCGUGUGGGUAGAAUAUGCACAUAACUCACUUAUUAACUCAUCAAUUGGCAUGUCCCCCUUUCAGUGUGUGUACGGCUUUCAACCUCCUCUUUUUCCUGCCCUAGAUAAGGAGGUAUCUGUCCCCUCGGCCUGGACCCUGGUGCGACGUUGUCGCCAGACCUGGGAGCGAGCCAGACAAGCCCUCCUCCGAGCUUCAGCCAGACACAAGACGGCGGCUGAUCGCAAAAGGUCUGAGGCCCCCAAGUAUCACUGUGGACACAAAGUUUGGCUAUCCACUAAAAACCUGCCUCUGCGUCUGGAUUCUAAGAAGCUCGCUCCCAGGUUCGUUGGUCCGUUUCCUAUUUCCAAAGUUAUUAAUCCUGUAACUGUCCAACUAAAACUACCCAGAACCAUGAGAGUCCAUCCUGCAUUCCACGUCAGUCAACUUAAACCCGCCAAAUCCAGCCCUCUGGUCCCCCCCACCCAGCCCCCGCCACCC